AUGAAAAGCUUAGGGAAGUUGGGCAAAUGGCCCUUUCUAACAGCUGCUUUGGCAAUUUGCUUAUUAGCCAGCACUGUUGUUGCUGAUUACUCUUAUGGUUAUACUUCUCCCUCACCUUCUCACAACUCUAAGAAGUACUACAAAUCACCAUCUCCAUCCAAGUAUCAUGUGCCUACUCCUUAUUACAAGAAACCUUCUCCCUCACACUACUAUUACAAAUCACCAGCUCCUUCAAAGAAUGCCUAUUACAAGUCGCCAUCUCCAGCAAAGUAUUACAAGUCGCCUGCUCCUUCAAAGCACUACUAUAAGUCGCCCAUUGUAACAAAGUAUUACAAGUCACCCGUUCCUUCAAAGCAUUACUACAAGUCUCCAUCUCCUUCAAAGCACUACUAUAAGUCACUGGUCGCAACAAAGUAUUACAAGCUGCCUACUCCUUCAGAGCAUUAUUACAAGUCACCUGCUCCUUCAAAGCAUUAUUACAAGUCCCCUAUUCCUUCAAAGAACUACUACAAGUCCCCAUCGCCAGUAAAGUACUACAAGUCCCCAUCAGCAUCAAAGUACUACAAGUACCCAUCACCGACAAAGUAUAACAAAUUCCCAUCUCCCGCAAAGUACUACAAGUCCCCAUCCCCAGCAAAGUACUACAAGUCGCCUACUCCAUCAGCACAUUACUACAAAUCACCAUCCCCAACAAAAUAUUACAAAUCACCCGCUCCAUCUAAAUAUUACAAAUCGCCUCCACCAACAAAAUAUUACAAGUCACCAGUUUACUACAAGUCUCCACCACCACCUACUUAUUAUGAGAAAUCACCUUCGUAUUACAAGUCACCUCCUCCUCCACCAAAAUACUAUGAGCAAUCACCUAAGUACUACAAGUCACCUCCACCCCCACCAAAAUACUAUGAGCAAUCACCAUCAUCUUAUACAUCUCCACCACCUCCACCAAAAUACUAUGAGCAAUCACCAACUUAUUACAAGUCCCCACCUCCACCAUACUACCAAGAAUCUACACCUUCCUAUAAAUCUCCUCCACCUCCUCCAAAGACCUAUGAACAAUCACCAUCAUACUACUCACCUCCUCCACCACCGUACGUCAAGCAAAAACCCACCUAUGCCUCACCGCCACCACCUGAGAAGUACGAGCAAUCUGCUACCUAUGCUUCACCUCCACCCCCAUCAGCAUCUCCCCCACCAACCUACUACUAAUAUUCAAAUCCAUUCUCUUCAAUCACUUUCCACCAUCUCAAUGACUUAUUGACCUGCUUGUCAUCCUCCCUUCAAGUAUUUCCAUUUCCUUUGCCAAUACAUGUAUGUUCUCCAAAAUGACCGGCUUUGCGUGACGUGUGUUCUUUUGUUUUAAUAAUUCGGAAUAUCUAUCAUUGGAGAUUUAAGUAAGAUCUUUGAGAUCUCCAUCAGUUUGGCUCAUUGUAUCAGGAUUCUUUUCUGGUGUAAUUUAUCAAGAAUUCUAUUUUGCUCAAUACUAUCUUC